AUGGCUCACUAUUACUUUUUCCUUUGUAUCCUCUUCACCUUCUCAUUAUCUUUUUAUGGAAUAUCUGCCGCGAACCACCAAGUAACUAACUUCGCUGAGAAAACACCUGGUGGAAUCCGUUUCACCAAAGAAAUCGGAAUUCCCUUCACAAAGACACUAAUGGGUACCAUUAACAACUACAUAUGGACCACCAUCUUGCAACAAAGCGAUCCUGCUGACCGAAAGCCUGUGCCGACUGUGAACAUUUAUAUCGUAGACUUCAAAGGAGCCGAAGCAAUCACUUGGGGUGAUAAUAUUAAUGUUAGUGCUGUUUAUCUAUUAGGGUAUCAAGGGAACCUGAAAUGGGAAUUCACGUCCCUUUUGUACCAUGAAAUGACUCAUGUUUUUCAAUGGAAUGGCGAGGGUAAAGCUCCUACAGGCUUGGUAGAAGGGGUGGCAGACUACACGAUUUUAAAAGCAAAAUAUUUCCCACCGGCUUUUGCAAAACCAGGAACUGGUAAUAAAUGGGAUCAGGGGUAUGAUUUCACAGCUCGUUUUCUCGAGUAUUGUGAUGGGAUUACCCCAGGGUUUGUUGCAAAACUAAACAAAAAGAUGAGGAAAACUUUUGACGUCAAGUUUUUUCAAGAGUUGACAGGAAAGCCCUUGGAUACAUUAUGGAAGAACUACAAGGCUAAAUAUGGGAAUAUAAAACAUGGUGAUGAAAUAACUGAAUUUGUUAAUUGA